AUGAAGGAUAUCUUGAAGGGUUUGCGAGAGUUCAAGAAGUCAUCGAAUGUGGCUUUAGAAAUGCUCAAAGUAUUUUCAGAAGGGAGUGAAUCUAGUGCAGAUCUAUGGAGUCAUAAAGAACUAACACAACAAGAUUGCAGCAUGAAUGGAGAAGUUCUAUCGAUAGCAUCCAUCAAAGACAAGAUCUUUUCAGGCCAUUCAGAUGGCACAAUAAAAGUUUGGAUGGAUAAAGGUAGCGUGCUACAUUUGAUCCAAGAAAUACGAGAACACUCAAAGGCAGUCACUAGUUUGAUUGUUCCACAGUCAGGGGACACUCUAUACAGUGGUUCACAUGAUAAAACCGUGAGGUGGUGGUCUAUUAACAAGGAAUCGAUACACUGCGAACAAGUGUAUGAUGUCAAAGAUCAAGUUAACAAUCUUCUAGUCGCCAAUAGUAUCUCAUGCUUCAUUCCUCAAGGUGCUGGAAUCAAGAUUCAAUCAUGGAGUGGAACAUCAAAGCUACUUAAUCCUAGUAAAUAUGUCAAGUGUUUGGCUCUUGUUCAUGGGAGAUUAUAUUCGGGAUGCCAGGAUAAUAGUAUUCAGGAAAUCGAUUUGGCAACUGGAACAUUGAGUUCCAUACAAAGUGGAUCAAGAAAACUACUUGGUAAGGCAAAUCCAGUCCAUGCCUUGAAAGUUCAUGAUGGAUUCAUAUACUCAGCCAGCUCUUCUGUUGAAGGAACUUCAUUGAAGGUGUGGAACGCUUCAAAUUACACUUUAAACCAAACCGUGUCAUUGGGGAGUGAAGUACGGACGAUGGUGGUUAGCUCAGAUAUAAUUUAUAUGGGUUGCAAAGGAGGGAUUGUGGAAGUAUGGUGUAGAAAGAAACUUAGUAGAAAAGAAACACUACAAACUGGUACAAAUUGUAGAGUUGUUUGCAUGGCUCUAAAUAGCAAUGAAGAUGUCUUGCUCAUUGGAACUUCUGAUGGAAGAAUUCAGGCUUGGGAAGUGAGUUAA